CCACGGGAACCGCCACCCCCUCAUCCCUCUGCCCUCACCCAACACACUCUCCUGCUGUCCUGGAAGCUCAUCAGCCUGACUUCACCGCGUCGCGGGAAGGGAGGGACCGGUACGCUUUGUGCCAGGAAAGGAGUCGAACGCAAGGCGGAGCUCCCGGCUUUCCUUUAAAGGGAGACACUGUGUGUCUUGGCGAGUCACUGAGUUCGCUGUGUGACCUUGGCGAGUCAUUUCGCCUCUCUGGGCUUCAGUUUCUUGCUGCCUGUGGGAGCUGGGCCCCAGGGUAGGACGCAGUCUUCGCCCCGGUGCUGGUACCAGGCUCGGACACCGACGUGGACAAGAACGCGCGGCAGGUGCUCUGCUUCCUGGCCUCACAUGACUGUCAAGGCCCUUCCCUCGGAUGCGGGCUCCUAUUCUCAGGACGACCCUGGGGCAUCCGGGGAGCACCCAGCGCGGGCCGCGCCCGGGGAAUGUCCGGCGGCCCCGCCCAGGCGCUGCGCCCAGCACCUGCCACCCGAGCCCGCGCCCGGGGAAAGCCCUGCGGCGCUCCGCAUCCCAGCUCCGCACCGCCCGCGGCCUUCCCAUUGGCCGACGCCGGGUCUGCAGGGCCGCCCCGCAGCCAAUCGCGGCUUGGGGGCGGAGCUGCGGGCUCCGCCGGAUGCUCUAAGCCGCUGCGGCCCGACGCGCCGGCGACCCCAGCUGCCCCGGCCCCUCGGCGGCGCCCUAGACAGCAGAGGCCGGCCAUGCAGGAGCCACUGCUGGGAGCCGAGGGCCCGGACUAUGACACCUUCCCGGAGAGGCUGUCCCCGUCGCCGGCAGAGAGGACGCGGGUCGGAGCCCCGCAGAACAGGAGGGUGUUCCUGGCUACCUUUGCUGCUGUGCUGGGCAAUUUCAGCUUCGGCUAUGCCCUGGUCUACACGUCCCCCGUCAUCCCGGCCUUGGAGCACUCUUUGGAUCCAAACCUGAGUCUGACCAAAACCCAGGCAUCCUGGUUCGGGUCGGUGUUCACCUUGGGUGCAGCGGCCGGAGGCCUCAGUGCCAUGGUCCUCAAUGACCUCCUGGGCCGGAAGCUCAGCAUCAUGUUUUCAGCUGUCCCCUCGGCAGCUGGCUACGCACUCAUGGCUGGUGCCCGCGGCCUGUGGAUGCUGCUGCUGGGACGGACGCUGACCGGCUUCGCUGGGGGGCUCACGGCUGCCUGCAUACCGGUGUACGUGUCUGAGAUUGCUCUCCCAGGCGUUCGUGGGGCUCUGGGGGCCACACCGCAGCUCAUGGCAGUGUUCGGAUCACUGUCUCUCUAUGCCCUCGGCCUCCUGCUACCAUGGCGCUGGCUGGCUGUGGCCGGGGAGGGGCCUGUGGUCAUCAUGAUCCUGUUGCUCACCUUUAUGCCCAACUCGCCACGCUUCCUCCUCUCGAGGGGCAGGGACAAGGAGGCACUGCAGGCACUGGCCUGGCUGCGCGGGGCUAACGCCGACAUCCGCUGGGAGUUCCAGCAGAUCCAGGACAACGUCCAGAGACAGAGCAGCCGCAUGUCGUGGGCCGAGGCCCGGGACCCCCACAUAUACCGACCCAUCACCAUCGCCCUGCUGAUGCGCUUCCUACAGCAACUGACAGGCAUCACGCCCAUCCUGGUCUACCUGCAGCCCAUCUUCAAUAGCACCGCGGUCCUGCUGCUCCCUGAGGAUGACGCAGCCAUCGUGGGGGCCGUGAGGCUGUUGUCAGUGCUGAUUGCUGCUGUCACCAUGGACCGGGCCGGCCGCAAGGUGCUGCUGUUUGUCUCAGCAUCCAUCAUGUUUGCUGCGAACCUGACGCUGGGGCUGUAUGUCCACUUUGGUCCAAAGUCUCUGACCCCCAACACCACCAUGGGCCUGCAGAGUGUGGCCGUGGGGGGCACAGAGCAGCCCCUGGCCACACAUACCAACUACAUCACAUUGGUGCCCCUGCUGGCCACCAUGCUCUUCAUCAUGGGCUACGCCAUGGGCUGGGGGCCCAUCACCUGGCUCCUCAUGUCUGAGAUCCUGCCCUUGCGCGCCCGUGGCAUGGCCUCGGGGCUGUGUGUGCUGGUCAGCUGGCUCACCGCCUUCGCCCUCACCAAGUCCUUCCUGCUGGUCGUGAACGCCUUCGGCCUCCAGGUGCCUUUCUUCUUCUUUGCUGCCAUCUGCUUGGUGAACCUGGUAUUCACUGGCUGCUGCGUGCCCGAGACAAAGGGCCGGUCGCUGGAGCAGAUUGAGUCCUUCUUCCGCACCGGGAGGAGGGCCUUCCUUCACUAAGUCAGGGACACGCCUGGGCGGGGCCGAACCACGGGGCAGCCAGGCCUGUGGGCCACUAACCUGCACCCCGAGUCCAGGAGGCAGCAGCAACCUGCCAUCAGCCAGGCACAGGAGGACCGGCCAGAAGCACGACGGCCCCCCAGAGCGUGAUUUCUGGCACUGGACAGGCAGCACCACUGUCCAUCUGCGGCCCCACUGGUGCCGCACACACACUGGCCAAGACAAAACCCACGGCAGAGAAGCCAGCCUUGGGCUGAAGGGGAGCACACAGCCCAGGGUCUGGGGACCGUGGGCCUUGUUCCUCCAGCAUGGAGGACGCCCCCCACAGAGGGCUGUGAUAAGGACCAAGGGCUGGUGGCUGCGGAGUGGCUCCCCACAGGAACAGCGCCAUGUCAGCCUGGUCUGCUGGCUUAGCCGCCAUCGAGCAUCCUGGCUAUGGGGAGGAAGACAAAUCUGCACCUCUGAGGGCUAGCGGGUGCCACAGGGAACGUUCUGGACUCCCGUGGGCCAGCGCACAGGACCCGGCACAGACACUAACACCUCCUGCACCAGCCUGACCUCUGUGAACAGGGGCCACAGUGCUCCUGUUUGCACUCCGUGUUCACCCUAUUUAUAAAAAUAAAGAAACUGGCUGCGACCCUGCACAGGAAGGAAUCCUGGUAGGGGAGCUACCCAGCAGCCAGGCUAGACCCCGAUUUUCAGCCAAGGUUGCCAAGGCCUGCUGCCCCAGGAGCGGCCCCCUUUAUUGCCACCCGACUGUCCACUGUAAGGGGAGCCAGGCUGUGGGGUGCAUCCUGCCCCGGGCUCCAGCUCCUCCCAGCUGUGAGGCCUCGGGCAAGUCUGUGAGCAGAGCUAGCAGGACCACGCCCCUGCUCAGCAGUGUGGGGUGGGGGUGUCCCUUCCACUUACUUAGGACACCAGAGACGAGGUCCCAGGCAGCGCGUGCGGGCGAGCAUACAAACUGCCGCCAGGCUUUAUUGCUCACAGUUGAAGCUAAACACCGAGAGUAAACGAGAAUCCCGAGAAGACAGAGUCCAGACACACGGAGGCAGGAGUGGCCCUGGUGGCCCGGCCGGCCUGGCCUCCUCAGCCACCUAGACAGAUGUUCCUUUCGAGGCAGGACGCCCACUGGAGUCAGGGUCACCGGCUCCAAGACCACUGCUGCUAGACUCAUGGGGAACCUUGGGCAAGUGACCUGCCCACUCUGGCCUGUGACAGAGGGGUUGGAGGGCCCUCCCACCUCUGUGUCAGCCUCUACAGCCCGCCCAGCACCCACCCAGUUUCCUCACUGGGAGAGCUGCAACCUUCCUUGGUACACACAGCCAACCCCUCCUCCUGCAGCAAGAGCACCCCCGUCAGUGACACCCCGUGGCAGGGGCCGGAGGCCUGGGCAGUCCCCCUUCCUGGGUAAGAACAGGUCGGGGGUGGUAGAGCCCUCAGUCCUCCUGGGAGGUAGACAGGUCUUUAUUCACGGCACACGUGGGAGAAGACAGGCACGCACACGCACACGCACAUACCCACCGGCCUGGAGAGGCCUGGAGCCCACAGCCCUUUGAACCCAGCAUGGCCUGAGGAAGGUGGCCCCACAGGACCCCUGAAGGCACGUGUCCCACCAUGCCAGCCACAGUGCGAUGUCCCUGCCACCUGGGGCUCAGCCUGGUCAGGCUCCCCGGGGGGCUGCUGGGGGGACGCUGUAGACGGGAAGCCCACUGACGUGUCCCUGGUCAGUCCCUGCCACUCCCAGCCUCCAAUGGGGAUGAAAGUCCCUCUGGGGAGCCAAGACCCAGGCACAGCCCUGGGCCUGGCUUCAACAUAGCGAGACGGGACCCUGAGCUCUGGGAGCUGGGAACAGGCCCAGCCGGAGGGCCUGGGCGGAGGAAGAGCGGGAGCUGGGCCCAGAUGGCGCUUUUACCACACCAGCCCAGAGCUACCAGGCUCACCAGGCCCCAUCAGACAUGCCCGACAAUCAGAGCAGCCAGUGGGCUGAGGCCACGGGGCAGAAGCAAGGGACAGGCGUGGAGGGAGCCUUGGGGGCAGUACGGGCACAGGUCCCGGGAGGCUCCAGCUCGCCUCACUCCAGCCCCAUCCCCCCAGGCCUUGCUCUGACGGCCUGACACACUGGGCCGUCCCUGCCCAGCUCUUAAAAGGCAGGAAGCUCCCUGAGGGCAGGGCUGGGGGCAGGCCCGUGAAAUACUGCCGUGGUCAAGCUCAGCCCCCACUAACACGGCUCGGGGCCACUGCUCACAGGGCAGGACCACAGAGGUGGGCGGUGGCCCCACUGGCGGGGGAGAGCCUGCUCUCCCCACUUCCUUAGCACCAGGGCCUGUGUGGAGGGAGGAACGGGAAGAACCUGGGGGCCCGGGCCAGGCCUGUGGGAAGUACUCUGAAAUGGACUGUCCCAGGUUCCAGGGAACUGGUGGAGGGAGUCCCCAUCCAGCUGUCUGACUGCUGCCAAGGCUGCUGUUCCAGGUACUCAAGGAGCAUCUUGGGAGCACUGUGGGCUCCCACGGAGGACAGAGUGGCUGGGGGGCCAUGGGUAGCAGUAGGCAGCCCUCAGGACACUGCCCUGAUGACAGGAGGUCAGAGGCAGGCCCAGGUGGCUCAGCCUACAGAAGGCUCUCCUGCCUGGAGAGCCGCUGUCCCACCUGGAGACAG